GCCAUGAAGAACUGCCAACCCAUGACAUGUCCUUUCCAGCUCCAGGCCUGCCAGAUGUCCCAAGCACUAUACCUCAUGCACUAUCAUGACUAGUGCAUUGAAAACACACAGGACACAAUCUGCAUCUGUUUCAAUCCUCAUGGGGUGCAAAAAGAAUCCUUUCCUGCUGUUCCAGCAACCAGGCCCUUCUGGCAUAAGUUUGCCAAUAGUAUACUGUUCCAACCCCAAAUACUUUUCUUCUGCUGUCAGAAGGAAAACCAGGCAUUGAACUGCACCAUAUGAACCCAUGUGAUGAGUUGCAUCCCUUAAAACUGAGGAGUUAAGCACUGUCAUUGAAAAAGUGGUCUGAAAUACUUUCCCAAGGGAAUGCAGUUGGUGCUGUACUUCCUGAAGGAAGAAUGGAGAUUUGUUCCCAAGACAUCAGGAGUCUCCCAUGGGUACCAUCAGGCAACUGUCUGCAGAGGGUUAGCACAGUAUUGUGGAUCUGGACAUACUUAUAAUGCACUUCCUGGCAGUUAUGGGUUAAUCAUUGGAUCAACUCAGAACCUGCAAGAACUUGAAGGGACAUUUUUCCCCAGACUUUCUCAGAUGAGGUUGGAAGCACAGUCUUCAUCUUCCCACCAUCCAUUUGGUGCUUCUCUGCACAGGACUCAGUGUUCCCAGCUUCACUGGCUUUCCAGAGAGAGACUAGAGCUGUGAGCGCACUGGCAGAAUUGCAGCUGAAGCAGCCACCACAAGAAUCAGUACCAACACCCAACGAUCCCAGGAAACAGAGGCAGAACUACUAGAGAAAGAGCUGCCAUUGACCACUGGUCAGCAGGUGGUGCAUCUCCAAACCAGUCUGGUGCACUUGGCAAGGGACCUGGUGACUUCAACUGAAGUGGCAGGGGAGCCCACAUUUAACCUGUUCAUGAAAAUGAGGAAGAAUAGAGAGAAGAUGGGCCAGUGAGCAUCUCCUUGCUAUCUGGUCAACUUGGAUGAUGUCAGACAACAUGCAUAUAUCCAGCAAGUCAGCAUAGGAAGGCAGUGUUGAUGCUUCGGACUUCAUCUUUGAGUGAGCCUUGAGGGGGUGGACUACAGCUGUUGACUGCCAAACAGAUAUGCUUCAAAAUGUUCAUGGGACCCAGAACUCAGUAUGCUCCAGCCAGCUAGAACAGACUCAAUAAAAUCAAUGGGACUCAAUAGAUCUACUCUAAGUAGAUCCAAAGUAAAAUUGGAUCUGACUCCACAUUUCCUCAGGGCCCAACCACAUUACUUGGAGUGCAUCACUUGAGAGGAGACAACCAUCUGGCCACAGAAAACUCCCAAGCAGGACCUGAAUGCAACAGUGCCCCCCUGCCUGUGCUCCCCAGCAACUACUAUAGAUAGGCAGAGUACCUCUCAUACUGCAGGUAGCAUAGAACCUUAUCAAUGAUUAGUAACCACUGUUAGCUUCAAAUCAAACCAUCUAUGAGUUCAGCCCCACCCCCCAUAUGCAAAAUGUUGCCGCAUGCAAGAAGGGGAAAGGAAAGCCUUCAACAAUUCUUUUAAAAUGUUAUGCACGGUAAAUAACAUUUUUAAAAAACUGCCAUUGGCGUUUUAUAGUUAUGGUUCUUUGCUGUGGGAGACUACAGGAUUGCAGUUUGGAAAGGAAGGAUAAGGGUUAAACUUUCUUUCUCUUCAUGCUGGUGUUCUGAUCCAAAUCAGCUCCCUUCCAUGGUUUUAAUUUUAAAAGCUGAUGUAACUUCAAGCAGCACAUUUAAAAUAAUGCGUAAAUAGGCUCUAACACAGGUUCUCUGCCUGGAAUUCAUUUUAUUACUGGCACAAGCUUUCUGAUCUCAGGAUCAGUAAAAUAGUAAAAAGCCUUUUCAAAAUGUGGAAUGUCACCUCAAGAACCUUGUUCUAUUUAAGCUCCUUAACAAAAACUGAGAGGUUUGUUCUUAUUAAAACGUUAAUGUUUUUAAAAGAUGCAUUUUUUCAGAACUUCUAAAACUGCCUGAACAUUGUCAAAAAGGUAUCCUCCAGCAACUAUGAGUUUGGGAGAUUCAAACAGACAAUGAAGAAACAUGUAAAAGAAAAGGUAUAAAAAUAGGACCAAAAAUGGCACAACGAACUCCUCAGCCCAUACAGUUGCUUCUGAUAUGUACAAGUGCUGACACACAUCAUUUUAAAGGACAUAAUGGUGUAUGUAUUCCUACUGCUUAUGGUAGCAGUGAUGCCUUCUUCCAUAUCAGCAGCUCGAAUAUCGAAGAGGCAAAAUGACUUCUGGGGAAGCUGGGGGGAAUGGGGUGAAUGCAGCCGGAGCUGUGGUGGAGGUGUCAGCAUCCGGCAGCGGCGCUGCUACUCGCAAAGGACAGAUGGCGGGUCCAGUUGUAUAGGACCAACCCGAAGCUAUCGCUCAUGCAACAUUCAGAACUGUCCUGUGGGCUCCAGAGAUUUUCGAGCAGAACAAUGUGCUGAAUUUGAUGGGAUGGAAUUCCAGGGGAAAAGAUACAAGUGGCUGCCCUACUAUGGAGCACCAAAUAAAUGUGAACUGAACUGCAUCCCAAAGGGAGAGAACUUCUAUUAUCGGCACAAAGAAGCUGUGACCGAUGGUACACCCUGUGAGCCAGGGAAGCGUGACGUCUGUGUGGAGGGAGCCUGUCAGGCUGUUGGCUGUGAUAACAUGCUAGAUUCUUUUAAGAAGGAAGACAAAUGUCUGCAAUGUGGUGGUAAUGGCAGAGCCUGUUUUGAAGUGAAGGGCCUCUUUGAUGUGCCCAACCUUCCUAAAGGCUACAAUCCAAUCUUCAUCAUUCCCAUGGGAGCCACAAGUAUCCAGAUAAAGGAAGCAACACCUACCAGAAACUUCUUGGCCAUCAAGAAUGUGCGAGGAGAGUACUAUCUGAAUGGUCACUGGACGGUUGAGUUUAGCCGGGCCUUGCAUAUCGCUAGCACAGUGGUACAUUAUGACAGGGGUUCUGAGGGUGACUUGGCCCCUGAGCUGCUGCAUGCAAGGGGUCCCACCACUGAGCCUUUGCUUAUUGAGCUUAUCAGCCAGGAACCAAACCAGGGGAUCUAUUAUGAAUAUUAUCUGCCAUUCCAAAGGCCAGGCUCAAGCUACAACUGGGGUUAUGGCUCCUGGGGUGAAUGCAGCGCUGAGUGUGGUGGGGGUUAUCAGUCACGUCUGGUCUUUUGUACCAUCGACAAUGAGGAAUAUCCAGAUUAUAUGUGCAGAGAUAAACCACAGCCAGAAAAUAACCGAACCUGCAGCCUUCAGUCAUGCCCCCAGACCAAACGGCUAUCUUACCUCUAUCUGGCGGAAGCAUGGAGCCACAACAGAGCAUGGAACUUGCAAACAAAGAGCUGGAAAACUGGGAACUGGGGAGCUUGCUCAGCUACCUGUGGAGGAGGCACACAGACCCGAUCCGUGUAUUGUGUCUCCUCCAAUGGACACAGUUCUCAGGAGGCCGUGGAUGAUGCUGAGUGUGCAUCCUUAAGAGAAAAGCCACGGAGCACACAGCCUUGCAACAUGCGACAGUGCGCAAUGUGGACCACGGGGCCUUGGUCUGAGUGUUCAGCUAGCUGUGGCAAAGGUAUUCAGACCCGGACUGUAAGUUGCAGUGCAGCACUGGGCUCUCAGACUCUAGAUGUUGCCUGUUUGACAGAACCAAAACCUCCCCAUACCCAGCCCUGCACUGGGGAGAAUUGUAUACAGGAGAUUGGGUGGCACAUUGGUGAUUGGGGAUUGUGCUCAAAGAGCUGUGACUCAGGUGUCCGAACUCGCCAGGUCAUCUGUGCUGAUGGCAAUUCCAAAUUCUACAACCAUGAGAUGUGCCAGGCCAUCCAGUCACAGAUACCAACUAUGCUCGGAAGCUGUAACACCCAGCCCUGUCAUCUACCACAGCAAGUUCCCAGUAUGCAAGAUGCCACGGGCUAUGACAUUAAUCGCCAGUCCUUAUUAACCCGUUACAACCCUGAACAUGGCACCACAGUUUCUAGAAGUGAAAGAAUAAUCCAAGCUGGUUCUACUACUCAUCAUCGGCUCCAGCCCAAGGAAGAUCAUAGUUCCAAUUUCCUACCACUCCGAUGGGAGUCUAAUUCGCAUUCCUCAGCUUCUCACCAUUUCAGCUCCCAUCACAAUGUUGGAACCAAGGUUCAGGACUGCAGCCAGAGUCCUCAUGGUUGCUGUUCAGAUGGUCACACUGCAGCAGCUGGUCCUUUUGGGCAAGGCUGCCCACUUGAGUCUUGCCAUCAGAGCAGGCAUGGGUGCUGCCCUGAUGGAAUAUCACCUUCUCAGGGGCCAAAUAAAGAAGGCUGUGCGCUGUACUACAGUGAUUCUCAUGUGAACAGAAAUGAACCUGCUGGCGCCUCUCCAACAGUAAGGGUGAGCCGAGUUCUGUCCCAGCCAAGGCCAGCAGAGGAGUGCCGAGGUUCUAUGUACGGCUGUUGCUAUGACAAUGUUGCCUCUGCUUCAGGGCCUCAAGGGGAAGGAUGUCCCAACAGACCAAGCCCAUCUUACCCUGUCAGCUGCCAGCUACCCAGUGCCCAUGGCCCCUGCACAGACUGGACAACUCGUUGGUACUUUGUGCACGAUGUUGGAAAAUGCAAUCGAUUCUGGUACGGAGGCUGCCAUGGCAAUAAGAAUAACUUUGCUACUGAAGAGGAGUGCAUGAAGGGUUGCUCUGGAUCAGCAGGAAGAAGUGACGUGAGGCAUCAUUCCCAUGCUGCCUUUCCUAAUGUCCACUCUGGUUCUCAUCAGCGAGGUGCACAGGAAUGGCACUCUGCAAGAGGAGUCGUCAGUCACAGCCAUGGGGAAGAAGCUGCUCUUCCUGCUCAAGCUGGCUCAGAAACUCACUCGGCACGACAUCACAGUGAGAGAAGCUGGGGAAGGACCCUGAUUAUUGAUGCCCUUGGAGAGUCUCAGCAAGGGGCUGGCAUGUUAGAUGGUCAGCAGCAGGGUUCUCAUCAAUCAGCAGCUCAUGGGGAAAGAAGGAAAGAUCCAGCAAACCAUCUGCAUAGUCUGGGGGAAACUGGAAUUUCUGAGAAGCGCCUGACUGUCAAUGGUCAGAACAUUCACCGUGAGCGUGAAGAGUGGAAGCGGCAUUCUGGAGCAGAGGGGUCAAUAGUGCAUAGAUUUGAGCAUCAAGACCCAUCACGCUCUUUCUUCCAGUACUCCCUGAACAGAGUCACUCUGGAUGGAUCAGAGUCUUCUGCAGUAGAGGCAGGCCUGGGACAAAGCAUUCGCCUUCUCUGCAAGGCAGGCAAUUCCCAUUUCUCCAGCGUUGUAUGGCAGAAAGAUGGGCAGCCACUGUCAUCUGACAGGCAUAGCUACCAGUCUGACAAUUCCUUGGUGAUCAGCCAGCUCAGAGCUGAGGAUGCUGGCACCUACAUGUGCAUAAUUUCAAACGGAAGAAUUGAACGCAGGCAGAUUGAACUGAGGAUCAAAGAAACCCCUGGAUCCGCUGCUACACAGGGAACAAGGCAUCCACUUAUUCAUGGUCAGAUUCACCAGCACAGAGUGCCUGAUACAGGCAUUAGUGGCAGGCAGUCACUUGCUUCUUCUGUCCAUCCCAAUAUAAUAUACAGGUUAAAGAUGUAUAAGAACGAACCUACAGUGGUUGAUGCCAACAUUGGAGAGCGAGUCCGGUUGCCUUGCCGCGUAGAGGCUUCACCUUCUUUAACCAUUGAGUGGCAGAAGGAUGGACAGCCCAUCUCCUCUCCCAGGCACAGGCAGCAGUCUGACGGCGCCCUGGUGAUCAGCAGACUUGCAGCUGAAGAUGCUGGAUUCUUUACCUGCAUUGCAUCUAAUGGCCAGGACCAGGAUCAGAGAAGAAUCCGGAUCAGACCUAGAGGAGAAUUGAGAAUCAGCGAUCUGCCACCUAACCUGUCUGUUUCGGAGGGGGAGACUGCUCAUCUCCGGUGUGUUGUGAGAGGCAAUAAUGUCAACGUAAGAUGGUCAAGGAAUGGUGUUCCAGUGAGAGCAGAUGGCAGUCGUGUCCAGAUGUCUCAAGAUGGAAGCCUGCUUAUAAACAAUGUGCAGACUGGUGACGAGGGAUCCUACACCUGCAAUGCCUACAGUGGCAGCAAUUCUGUCAGUGCUAGUACUCACGUGCAAGUUCUCAAGAAGAUGCCAGAAGUGCAUGCACCCUUCCCCGUGGACACAGGCAGGGAAUGUGUUGACCAACCACACCUUGCCAACUGCGACCUUAUUGUACAGGCCCAGCUCUGCAGUAACGAAUAUUACUCCAGCUUCUGCUGUGCCAGUUGUUCUCGCCAUCAUGGCUGAGGCUCAUGCUACCUCCGACACCUGUGAUCCUGCUCCAGAUAAAAGACUUGUUUUACCUACAGUGGUGAUUUCUCAAGGCGCAAUUUCAGAUUUGUUUACUCAAGCAUAUACACUGGGAAGUCAGUAUGGCCAAUAUAACAGCCAGAACAGUCAGCAGUAGUCAAGUUUCCGCCCUCAUCAUGUUUCUGUAGCCAAGAGAAUGAGCUAAUUCUCCAACUGCUGGCUAACCCACAGAUGGAAGGAAACACCAAGUUAUUGUUUCUCUAACAAAGCAUUAUGAACAAGCGAGACCAGUGCCUCAAGUCAGAUCAAUGAUAAUGAGCAAUACUCACCUUUAAACUACAUACAAAAAUAGAUGAAAACUCAGUCAUUUGCAAAAGAAACUGCUGACCACAGUUCUGUAAAAACUCACAUGCUGACCUUGAAUCUACUCUCUCUGUGAUUAUCUCAAGUGUCCUAUGUUCACUCAGUGCUUUUCAGCUUUCCAAGACUUACAAGCAGACAAGUGGAUUUGUUUCACAACAGAUGCUUUCAAUUACAAAUGAAGAUGUCUUGGCCAUAUGUAAACACUGUUUAAAAUUAGGUGAAACUGCAAGGGACUUAAAAAGCUGCUGAACACUGUUGUAAUAAUGUGGGUGGAGUCCUGCACAUCAGAUAUCUGUAAGGCUAUGGGGACGAGGCUCAUUGAACUCAGUGUGACUUGCUUCUAAGUAAAUAUGCUUAGAAGUACACAAGUUCAAUUGAGUUAAAUCAGAGUUAAAUAAGCAUAGGCAGUUCCCCGGUUAUGAACAAGUUCAGUACCUGAGAAAAUUGAAAUGUGUUUAAGUUAAAUUUGUAUGUAAGUCAGAUCAUGUAUAGUCAGUCAGUGGAGAACUUGUGAAUUUCUCUAGCCCCCGCCCCCGCUUCCCAACUCACCUUGCGGGAGAGAUUUCCCUCUCUGGACAGACAAGGCUAGAAGGCAUGUUUCGGAGGCCUUCCAUUUCUCCCCUUUCACUUCCUCUCUAUGGUGAAGACAAUUUUCCACAGUAAUUUUUUUUUUAAAAAAUAGGCUUUAUGGCAGUUUGUUCAUUAAGUAGGGGUUGCUUGUAACUUGGACCUUCAUAAGCUGGGGACUGCCUAUGU